AUGGCCUGGCCCUACUUCCUGGACUGCAGCCGCUACUUCGGGGACGAGGAGGAGGGCUGCUACGACCCCCUGGAGAAGCUGCGUGGUGAGCGGGGCCUGCGGGCGGGGGCCCCCCCGGUGCUGAGCAGUCAGGUGUCUGGGUGGCCCAACAGGACAACUGAGCAGAGGGCGGAGGUCUUCAGCCAGUGCCCGGAGGCCCGCGUGCAGGCGCCCGAGCAGGAGUGCAGAUGUGGCUGGUGUGGGGAGGGCGUGACCCUGCAGGCCUGCGAGGCCGCGCUGUCACUGCCUGAGGUGGACCUGAAAGUGGAGCCCGAGGUGAAGCUCAUCGGCAACAUCCACGGCAACGAGGUGGCGGGCCGGGAGAUGCUCAUAUACCUGGCGCAGUACCUGUGCUCCGAGUACCUGCUGGGCAGCACCCGCAUCCAGCGCCUGCUCAACACCACCCGCAUCCACCUGCUGCCCUCCAUGAACCCCGACGGCUACGAGGUGGCGGCCGCCGAGAUGUUCAAGUUGCUGGCCAGAGCCUACGCGGAUGUCCACCCCAUGAUGAUGGACAAGUCGGAGAACAGGUGUGGGGGCAACUUCCUGAAGAGGGGCAGCAUCAUCAACGGGGCGGACUGGUACAGCUUCACGGGAGGCAUGUCCGACUUCAACUACCUGCACAGCAACUGCUUUGAGAUCACGGUGGAGCUGGGCUGCGUGAAGUUCCCCCCCGAGGAGGCGCUCUACGGGCUCUGGCAGCACAACAAGGAGCCACUGCUGCACUUCAUGGAGAUGGUGCACCGGGGCAUCAAAGGGGUGGUGAUGGACAAGUUUGGCAAGCCGGUCAAGAACGCCCGCAUUUCGGUCAAGGGGAUUCGCCACGACAUCACCACAGCCCCGGACGGCGACUACUGGAGGCUGCUGCCCCCGGGGACCCACAUCGUCAUCGCUCAGGCCCCCGGCUACUCCAAGGUCAUCAAGAGGGUCACCAUCCCCACCCGGCUGAGGAGGGCAGGCCGCGUGGACUUCAUCCUCCAGCCCCUGGGGACUGGACCCAAGAAAUUCCUUCAGGGGCCUCGGCGAAGCGGGCCCGGGCUCCGAGACCCCGGGGCCGGGGGCAGGCCCUGGUGGUGGUCCUACUUCACGGCGCUGAGCCAGCACAAGCCGCGCUGGCUGCUCAAGUACUAGGUGCUGCCCGGGCUCCCGGUCUGUGUCCCAGCGCAUCCCAGAGG